AUGAUGAAAGAACAUAUGGAGGAAGUGAAACAAGUAAUGGUGUGGAUAAACGAAAAGUUGGAAACGACAGGCAAGAAACUUGUAAACUUGAUUACCACAGUAAUCAUGAAGAUUAUACUUCCUUUUUGCAGUAGAUGUGUUUGAUAGUCCCAGCGUAAUUCGCAAUGAUAUGGAAGAGUUGAAAAAAGAAAUGGAAAUAAUGAGAAAACAUAUACAGGAAGUGAAACAAGUAAUAGUGGGGGUGAACAAAAUGUUGGAAACGACGGGCAAGAAACUUGUAAAAAAAGUUGAUAAAGUGUGGAAAGUAGGUAAGAAGACCAAUGAAAGUAUGGAAAAUAUCCAAAACCAGUUGCAAAAGCAGCAGAACAGUAGGACUGAGAAUGCAACUGGAAGGAAGCGCAGCAAGGAGAAACAGAAGGUGGACCCUCUCUGUCGUGUAAGUCACCUGUCAAAGAAGUAAUUUCCAGUUCGCUUAUACUCAGGAAAAAAUUAAGAAAAACAGGAUUUUCUAGACAAUUUCCAGGUUUUAGAUAAUCUCCGGUGAUCAAAAUACUCAUAUCAAGUUGUGAUCAGGAUAUCCUUGUAGAGUGUGAUUUGUAAUUUAUUCCCUCUUCUACCUUUUGAAGCGUUGUUCAAACUUUUGGGAACAUUUGAUAUCCUAACCGUUGGCAAAUGGUUAAAUACUGAGAAUAAUCUCUUGCAGAAAUUUUCACUUAAUCUAACACAAAGAAGUGUUUAUAUUUUCAAUACAGGACACUUUUCGAAAAUUGUACAAAAAUCUUAAAAAGAAAGAGAGCUUUCAAGGAUUUGACUUCAAACGAAGGUAAAUUUACUUAUCAUUUUGGAAAAUCUAUUUAUUAAGGAUUACGGGAAAAGACAUAAGUAUUUAUUCAUUUGAUGUAUCUGGAUUAUAACUAUAAACUCUAGAGCAGAAGUUUGAAUCGAGGUUAAAGUGAUUCCCUUGUCCAGUGUUUGUCGGAGUGUACCGCACAAGGAUUGACCCCUGAAAUCUUCCGUGGGCUUGCCAACAGAGACUACCUACCAAGUGAUCUUCAGAUCCGAGAAAUCAACCCUCAGCGACAGAAUGACUUAAUUUGUUGCAAAUCAGGUUAAGACCAAGAAAAUAAUGCAGUGGAGUUUUUUUCCUUUCCAAUGCAAGCUUUGACUCAGCGGAAAACGAGGAAGUUUUAAAGAAAGUGAAAGGAAAAAUGUCUGGUAGCAAUGGCUCCUGCAGGUGGACAGAUGAACAGAUAAAGGGUAAGUUGGUCGUAAUUAUUUCUCUUUACCUAUCAUUUUAGCUUUUAUCAUCUUCUUGUUGACUUAAGUUGUUUCUAAGAUGUGGAGGUGUUUAUGGCUAAUUUCGUUUGCACUGAAUAUCAUAUUGCUAUGUGUGCCCACAUCGUAGACCGAUUUUCCUCUUAAUGUUCUUGAUUUUGUUGCGUGUCACUUCUGCCGCCUUACUGCUUCAUGUAGACUUACAUCAUAAAUGCAAAAAACUUAUGAACUCACCUUGGUCUCUUUACCCAUCAGCCCAUAGAUGCUUCUUCAGUUCUUAGGCUUGCCGAAAAUGUGAAACCAACCUAGUAUUUUUUCACUUACAGUUGUUGGUCGAAGAUAUUACUUGUCUUUGUACGAAACAGACAAGAAAAAAUCUGACAACAAGUACGACGAACACAAGACAAGUAGUCGACGCCAGAACAGGAAAAAACAGGUUUGUGUGGGUGGGUGGGGGUGGGGGUGUGUGUGUGCGUGUGUGCGUGUGUGUGCGUGCGUGUGUGCGUGUGUGCGUGUGUGCGUGUGUGGGUGUGUGCGUGUGGGUGUUGCGUGUGUGCGUGUAAUGCGGUGAAUUGCGUGUGUGCGUGUGUGCGUGUGUGUGUGUGUGUGUGUGUGUGUGGGGGGAUUCGGUAAUAUGGGGAAUUAAGAAAGCCUUAUUCGAUUAUAAGUAAAUAUGCAAAGCUUUUCCCGUAAUGCUAAUCUCCAGAGGCAAUCGUCUCAUAUAAAUGACUAGAUUGCUAUGAUAACUGGUGGUGGUUUCAGGAAAGCUUAAAUACUGAAAUUAUAAGACCUUCGAAUCUUUUUGCCUUUAUUCAUUGCUUUUGUUAUAUAACUUUGUUACUUCAUUAUAGAAAUUGAAGAGAAGAACAGAAGCGCUGGAUAAGAUUAACUGGGUUACACGUCAAAAAGGAAAGGCGGCUGAGGUGCUCACUGAGGAAUAUAUGUCAUCAGAAGUGUCGGAAUCAGAAGAAGAGUCGCUAUCGGCUGAUGAAGGGUGUGUUAAAGAAAAGAAGUUGUAUAUCAGAACGGUUACGUGGGAGAGCGAAGAGCUCAAAACAAUUAAAAACAAACUUGAUGAAGAGUACGCCAGCCGUCAGACUUCUCGCGCUCGACGUCGUGAAUUUCAAAGAGAUAGGCGUCCCGAAGACGUUUCUUCACGUCCAAAACCUAACAAUGGUCCAUCAUGGGCUUUCAGGAUGGACGAUCUACAAUUACUACCCGUAUUGGAAGGCUGA